AUGCCGAAUCCCAUGGCUCCUUCCCCCCAAAACUCUUUCAGUCUCAUGACGUCAUCCCCAGCGCGCUAUCCACAAGAAGAGAAAUGUAAUCCUAACAUUAUUCUUUCUCAGAGUGAAGAUACACAGCAGCAGAUCAUCAGGGAGACAUUCCAUUUGGUAUCUAAGAGGGAUGAAAAUGUUUGUAAUUUCCUAGAAGGAGGAUUGUUAAUUGGAGGAUCUGACAACAAACUGAUUUAUAGACAUUAUGCAACAUUAUAUUUUGUCUUCUGUGUGGAUUCUUCAGAAAGUGAACUUGGCAUUUUAGAUUUAAUUCAAGUAUUUGUGGAAACGUUAGACAAGUGUUUUGAAAACGUCUGUGAACUGGAUUUAAUUUUCCAUGUAGACAAGGUUCACAAUAUUCUUGCAGAAAUGGUGAUGGGGGGAAUGGUAUUGGAGACCAACAUGAAUGAGAUUGUUACACAGAUUGAUGCACAAAAUAAACUGGAGAAAUCUGAGGCUGGCUUAGCGGGAGCUCCAGCCCGUGCUGUAUCAGCUGUAAAGAAUAUGAAUCUUCCUGAGAUCCCAAGAAAUAUUAACAUUGGUGACAUCAGUAUAAAAGUGCCAAACCUGCCCUCUUUUAAGUAAAAAAUAAAAUAAAAAGGCCACUCCCAGGUAAAAUCCAGGGGGAAAAGUCAUCUAAGUUUACCAUGCAGUUGUUUACCAAAAAUAGAGGAGGAGAGUCUUAACUUUUGCUCUUGGAUUGAAGUCAAGGUACUGUAGAGAAGUUGUGUAAAAUCGGUAUGGAAGUUCAAUGUUGCUUUUCCUGCUCAGUGAUUUUGAAGAAAUGGGGUAGUUCCAGUGUGAUAUUUCGCUUUCUUUUCUAAACUGCAUUCCUGUGCCCACGUCAGGCAUGCCUCUCUGUAUUGGCUACUUACUACUACAGUAUUUCAGAACGUGUUUGAGACAUUCCUUUCAACUCUGUACAAUCCGAAAUGUUGGUGUUGUGUAUGGAUCACAAGUGCAGCGUCCCAUCGUUCUUUCUGUUACUUGUCACACUUGUUAUUUAAAGAAUCAAGUAUGUAUUGCAUGAAAACAUUAUGACCUUUUUCUCUUAGUUUAAAUAAACUCCAAGGUAACUGGACUUCUAAAGCACCUUUCUGUUUGCCUGAUAUCUACUUUAGCAAUAAUUUUUUUACAACCCUCUGACUCAACAAAGUAAAUAAAGUAUAUUUUAUCACUGUUAA